AUUCUAUUAAUGGCACCAAAACAGCUUUGUCUUACUCUCUUUAGGCAGUUUCGCUUCCUGUUUUAGUCCUGACUGAGAUAUGACGAUCACUCUGCAACAGGACAGCUCUGCACCUCUGCUGCAACACAGGACUACAGAUUUCAUUACCUGGAGAUGGCCUCCCAGUGGCUGAUCUGCAGUACUUCAGUGUUGCUGCUUAUGGCUUCCGUCUUCCCAGCCGUCACACAGGACUCCUGCAGUGGAGGAGUUCCCGGGAUUCCUGGCAUUCCAGGUGUCCAUGGACCCAACGGCAGAGACGGUCCUAAAGGAGAGAAGGGAGACCCUGGUGAGGCAGGUGAGUCCACCAGGGGCCAGAAGGGGGAAAAGGGUCUGUGGGGCCCCCCAGGACGACCAGGGUUGAAGGGGGAGAUGGGUCUGCCAGGGCCAAAUGGAUAUCCAGGCAAACCGGGUGAGAAAGGGAGGCCCUUCAACCCCUCUAACCAACGGAAAUCCUUCUUCUCCUACAAACGGCUGAUACCACAAAUACCAGACGCCGACACGACCAUCGACUUCAACAGUGAGAUUUUGCCCAAUCCAGAUGGACAGUUUCAAGGAGAACCGCUGACAAACGGGACGUUCACAUGUGUCACCAAAGGCGUCUAUUUCUUCAGUUACCACAUUUCAGCAAAGAGCAGAGUGUGUAUAGAGCUGAAGAAGGCCAGUGAAAGUCACAUGAUACUAUGUGACUUCUCUGAGGGUUUCCUGGUCACCUCAGGCUCAGCGCUCCUGGAGCUGGAGGUGGGAGACACCGUCUCACUGCAGGCAACCAGGUACAACAACAUCGUGACGAGCUACAGCAGCACCAGCCACACUUUUACUGGAUUCCUGAUCUUCCCAACCGCCUAGAACCACCGCUUCUGAUGCCAAUGAAAGCAAUUAAAUGAAAUGUGGGUUUGUAAUAUAAAGAUCAUCCUGGUUAUCAUGGAUGAAGGUUUCCUUUGAUUAUUGGGGGAAAAUACAAUAGACAGCAGGUCUGGAGGUCCUUCUCAGGGCAUUCUACCUCCUGUAUUCUGGUGAAUCUUUAUGUUCCAAUUUGUGCCUUUUCUACAUCAGUCUUCCACAGUCGGUUCAGUGGGUAAUUCUGCUUGAAUUCAUAUUUUGAGGGUAAAAAGAGACCUGCUGCUGAAUAAAAAAGACCCACAACUGUCUGAGGCAUUGUUACAUCUGAUAAAGGUGCUAUUUCAAAUAAAAA